CUUCGAGCUGGCACUUACUGGUUUUGAGUUGCUCGUGAAAGUAUUGUGCGAUUUUUCAGAGAACAUCGCGAUUACGCCUUAAUUGAACAAUUGCCUAAAUAAACGUAAUAUAACAAUAUUUAUGCUAAGUUUUCCCUAAAUUACUCUCGUUAUGCACACUGCACCGCUAAAAUGAUAUGAUUAGAAUUGUGACAGUCGUUGUUUUAGUGUGAUUUUCAUUUACUUAUACGAAUCUAGAACUGUGUUUUUUUUUGCGAAAUAUUGUAAAAUUUAAAACAUGAUUAAUCAGUUAAACGGUUGUUUACAAAACGAAAACGCUUCUGGGGGCCCGUUUUUCGAGAAGAUGCCCCAGACAAAUUAUCUCAAAUCGACCAACUUGAAGGCGUGUUUUCCGACAGGUCGUGAAAAUACCUACCAUAGUAGAAAGUAUGAAGAAGCAUUUAGAAAAUCGAUGGAAGACCCAGAAACAUUUUGGGCUGAAGUGGCCAAAGUUGUCGACUGGGUGAAACCAUGGGAUAAAGUGUUGGAUAAUACUAAUCAACCGUUCACAAAAUGGUUUGUCGGAGGUGAACUGAACGCCUGCUACAAUACUGUUGAUCGUCACGUGUUGGCCGGAAAAGGAAAUAAAAUUGCUCUUAUACAUAAUAGCCCAGUAACCAAAACCAUUAGAAAAGUUACCUACAAAGAACUACAAGAUACGGUGUCUGCGCUUGCAGGUGCUUUAGCACAGUACGGAGUUCAAAAAGGAGACAGAGUUUUGAUCUAUAUGCCUUUAAUACCAGAAACUAUCAUGGCUAUGCUGGCAACGGUGCGAAUAGGUGCUGUACAUUCAGUCGUUUUUGGAGGAUUUGCCGCCAGAGAACUACGAACUAGGAUUGAACACGCUCAACCGAAAGUCAUAAUUGCUGCGAACUGUGGCGUUGAACCAAAUAAAAUAAUCAAAUACAAAGAUAUACUAAACGAAGCCCUGAGCGAAGCAAAAUCCAAACCGAAUCGUUGCAUUAUAUUCCAAAGACCUAAUUUAGAGAAAGCCGAACUCAUCAAAGAAUUCGACGUAUCAUGGGACGAAGCGAUAGUUUCAUUCCCUCCUCACCCUUGCGUUCCAGUCGAAGCCAAUCAUCCCCUAUACAUUCUCUAUACAUCAGGCACUACAGAUAGCCCUAAAGGCGUUUUAAGGCCGACUGGAGGUCAUUUAGCCACUUUGUGUUGGACAAUGCAUACUAUUUAUGGUAUGUCCGGAGAUGAUGUAUGGUGGACGGCUUCUGAUAUGGGCUGGGUAGUAGGUCAUUCGUAUAUUUGUUAUGGACCACUGAGCGCAGGAUUGACCUCUGUUAUGUACGAAGGAAAACCAGAUAGAACCCCAGAUCCAGGUCAAUAUUUUCGCGUAAUUCACGAUCAUAAAGUAAACGGAUUAUUAACUGCGCCCACCGCCCUUCGAGUCAUUAAAAGGGAAGAUCCAAAUAUCGAGUAUGGGAAAAAGUAUUCCACGAAGUCACUGCGAACAUUGUUUGUUGCUGGAGAGCAUUGUGAUUACGAAAGCUUAUUAUGGGCCCAUAACGUUUUCCAAGCACCUAUAUUGAAUCAUUGGUGGCAAACUGAAACUGGUCAUGCCAUAACCGCAUCUUGUAUAGGGUUAGAACAUAGCACAAAUCCUCCAAGAUAUUCAGCCGGAAUGCCUUUCCCAGGAUACAAUGUGAAGAUUUUACGUGAUGAUGGCACCGAAUGUAAUACUCAUGAACUUGGUCGAAUUACCGUGAAAUUACCCCUCCCCCCUGGAACAAUGUGUACUUUAUACAGAGCAGAUGAAAGAUUUGUUGAAACCUAUUUCAAAAAAUUCGAGGGUUAUUACGAUACGAUGGAUGCCGGUUAUAAAGACGAACACGGUUACAUUUAUGUUACCGCAAGAGAUGACGAUGUUAUUAAUGUUUCUGGCCAUCGACUAUCUACUGCAGCUCUCGAAGAUGUCGCUUUAUCCCAUCCUGAUAUUGCCGAUGCUACUGUAGUUGGCGUUCCUGAACCCACCAAAGGAGAGAUACCACUCUGUCUGUAUGUUACGAAAACAGGUUGCCAAAAAUCUGAUAAAGAAAUAAACAGCGAGCUUGUGAACUUGGUUCGUAAUUUAGUUGGUCCAAUUGCUGCAUUUCAAAUAACAACGCCCGUUAAAGCACUACCACGAACUAGAUCUGGUAAAAUAGCGCGAAAAUCCAUUUCAGAUCUCGCUAGAAAUAAGUUUGUUAAGAUUUCAGCGACUAUCGAAGAUCCCACUGUAUACAAAGGUAUUAAAGAAGCUUUGAUGAAAGUAGGAUAUGCCAAGCAAGCGCCCGACCCACAGUGAAAUUUUCGAAAAAAAUUACCAACCGAACAUAUAAUUAUGUAGUAUUUCGACUGUAGAAAGCAUAACGUUUUUCUUUGUUUCGUUCUAUACGUUUUUUAUAAACUCUAAAUUGAAAAAAAAAUUAUGUAUAUGUUUCUUCAAUCAUGCACUACCUACUCGUGAUAGGUACUUACAUACAUAACUUCAACUUAUGCAUAAUUUAAUUGCAUGUGCUGUGUUGAAGAAUACAACCUGUUCAGUUUCGAGAAAUGUUUCAAUGUUUUCAUUCGUCGUAAACAUUGAAUUGUAUUUCAAAGAACUUUAUAUCGAUUUUUAUUUAUGCCGUCGUUUCGUAGAACGGUAAUAUUUGCAUAUUUCUAACCGUAUUCUAAAGAUGUGAAAUAAUUACAAUUGAGUACAUGACACCUAUACCUUUACUUACCUAUGUAUUAAAUCGCCAUCGAAGCGUUUGAAUUCUAUGUUUUGCAUUCAAUAACACAUAGAUAUCUACCUACGUGUGCAUCUUCACGAAAAAUGUUAAUUAUUGGGUGCUAUCAACACUUUAUAGCUUCCCAAUCAUCAUUGCCAUUGGAAAAAAUAUUUUCAUAAAAAGUGAAAAUAAUUUUUCCUUUGUGAUUUUUUUCGUUUUCAAGUAGGUACCCUUGCGAAACGAAGUGACUGUACACAAAUUUCACGAGCAAUGUGAUUUACUUAAGAGUGUCAAAGUAUUUAAGUAUACUUAAUCUUUAUUCUUAGAUUUAUGAAAAUAUAAAUUAUUUUAAUACCUAUCAUUAGUUCGAUAUGAAUGUAUUUAAACUUGUAUAUCCAUGAAGUAAAAUUUGUACAUGUGAA